CUUAUAUUGCUCAUAUCUACAACAUAUAACACACAUCACAAUAGAGUGGCAGUGAAGAGAGUAGCUAUGGGUGCAAACCAGUCCACACCAUCAUCUGCCGCUGCCGGACGGGCAGUUGCCGAGCGCCUCCGCGCCCUCGACCUGGAGAAGAAACAGGCCAUCAACGAGGAUGGCUUUGUCGAGGUCGACGGCCCGCUCAACGAGAAGACACUCGGUGCGCUGAGGCACUCGCCCUCUACCCUCGACGUUGGAGAGCUGGAGGACUGGCAGACCAGGCUGCUGAAGGAUCCCAAGAACAGGCUCGCCCUCUCGGCCCUGUCCGCCGCCAACCCUUCUGACGUCCUGACCUCUCGCUCCGCCAAGAUCGCCGACCAGCAGGUCUACAAUAUCAAGAUUCCCUUCGAGGGCGCGCCCAUCACCAACCAGCGCAGCAGUGGCCGGUGCUGGCUCUUUGCGGCCACCAAUGUCUUCCGGGUCGCCCUCAUGCAAAAGUACAACCUGGAGUCGUUUGAGCUGAGCCAGGCAUGGCUGUUCUUCUGGGAUAAGCUGGAGAAGGCAAACUUCUUCCUGGAGCAGAUCAUCGACACAGCUGACCUGGACCUGGACUCUCGGCUCGUCCAGACUCUCGUGCAGGCGCCGCUCUCUGAUGGUGGUCAGUGGGAUAUGGUCUACAACCUCGUGACCAAGUACGGGCUGGUCCCCCAGGUUCUCUACCCCGACUCCUUCAACGCCAAGUCCAGUUCCGUCAUCAACUCCCUCAUCUUCACUAAGCUGCGCGAGGACGCCCUCAUCCUCCGGUCCAUGCUCAAGUCACCCUCCACCACCGCAUCCUCCAUUGCCGCGGCCAAGGCCAAGAUGGUCAAGGAGAUCCAUUCCAUCCUCACCCUGACCCUGGGCCCGCCGCCUACCCCCAGCGACGAGUUCACCUGGCAGUUUGUCGACAAGAGCGGCCGAGCCAGGGAGGUCAGCGCCACGCCCCUCGACUUCGCGAGCGACAUCUGGAGCGCCGACUUCCGCGUGACCUCGUCGGUCCUGGCGGGGCUCGUCUCGCUGGUGCACGAUCCGCGCAACCCGCCUCUGUCGCUGCUGACCGUCGACAGGCUGGGCAACAUGGUCGGCGGCCGGGGCAUCACCUACAUCAACGUCGACAUGCAGACCCUCAAGAACGCCUGCGUCAGCAUGCUCAAGGCCGGCCUGCCCGUCUUCUUCGGCAGCGACGUCGGCCAGUUCAGCGACGCGUCGGGUGUCAUGGACGUGGCCCUCAUCGACUACGAGCUCGGCUUCAACGUGAGCAUGCUGGGCAUGGACAAGGCCUCGCGCCUGCGGACGGGCGAGAGCGCCAUGACGCAUGCCAUGGUUCUCACCGCUGUGCAUGUCGAUGAGAGGACCGGCAAGACGGUCAGGUGGCGGGUGCAGAACAGCUGGGGCGCAGAUCGCGGCAUGGAAGGGUGGUGGGUUAUGACUGAUGCUUGGAUGGACGAGUUUGUCUACCAAGCUGUGGUCGACCCACGUUUCUUGUCCAAAGAGGUCAAGGAUGUGCGCAAGAAGGAGCCCAUCGUCCUUCCUCUCUGGGAUCCCAUGGGCUCUCUUGCAUGAGGGGGUACUCAUUACCUGUCUGAUUGAGAACCAAUGGAUUUUUUGUUUCCCUCGGCGGCGGCAGCGGCAGCAGCAUGAACAGCAGCACAGCCGCAUCAUCUAGCCCAUGUUCACCCUUCGUAUACAAGAAAAGGUCGCACCAAUGCAUGCCGCAGGAGGCUGCAGUAUGAAUAUAUUUAAUUGUACAGAUUAUUU